UUUAUUUUCUUCCUUAGAGAUAUUAGCAUUCAUGACAGGAAAUUUUCAAAUUUCAGACUGAAUUAAUGCAAUAAAGUAAAAUCAUCAACCAAAUUAAAACAAAAGAGGUAAAUAAAAAAAUGUAAUUUUUUAAAGUUUUUUUUUUUUUACUUAUCUUUGGUUAUGUGAUGCUCCUAUGCUUUGGCUAUAUAUAAGGUGUUAAUGCAUUUUUUUUUCUUUUUUAGUCUCCGCUUAGCUUUCACACUUUUGUUGUCCAUGUUUAUAAAUAAGGUUUUUUUUUUCAAAACAAGUCUUACAGGAAGUUUUCCUGCAGUUUUCUCAUCUAUGGUCAUCCCGCCGCUAGGGGGUGCUGUAGUCAUUUUAAAACGGCUCUCCAGCUGAAGGUGUAGUUUGUACAGGUGUUCAUACGUGGUCACAAACACACAAACUUACCGGUGGAUGAACCGAAGAUGACCGGAAUAAAAAUUUAAAGUAAUUUUAAAAGGCAGAGUUCUUCUGCAGGAGUGCCACGAUGAGGAGGACCAAACAGAUCGACAUCAAUCGGGCCCUCGCCCUCGCCGGCACCUUCAGCUUCCUGUGCUCCUGCUCCAAAGCCAGCCUGCUCCCCUUCCUCACCCUCUACUUCCGCCAGCUGGGCCUGUCUCCCGCCAUGACGGGCGUGGUCGUGGGGACCCAGCACUCCAUCACGCUGCUGUGGAGCCCUCUGUCCGCCCUGCUCUGCAGACACUACAACAAGAGGCGGGUGGUGAUUGGCUGCUCCCUGGUGCUCUCGGCUCUAAUCGCUCUUCUGCUGCUGGUGGUCCCGCCCACAGAUGUGUCCGGCUCGCUGUUCUGCAACACCUCCGACCUGGGCGUGGAGCCAAAUGACAGCUUGGCUGAGGAGCUGCGAGUGACCAUGGCUGGGCCCCGGUCAUGGACCACCGUACAUCUAAAGGCUCCGGUCAGCCGUCCGUCCAGGACGAACGUGUCUGUGACGAGGAGCGAAGCGUCACCACGUCAGAACGUCGCAAAAGAGGAGCCAGCGUCUUCGCGAAACACAUCAGUGCUGCUCAGCAGUGUCACAAUCCCAACAAGGACUUCCUCUGUUCUCCAUUCUAGCAUCAACUCCUCUGUGGAGCCGCUGAGAAGGAAGAGGUCAGAGGUCAUUUCCAGCAAACCUGAAGAGAAAAAACAGGACAGUUUGGAUUUUCUGAGCAGCCUGAAGGAGAUGGACGUUCAUACCCAGCUCUUCUUCCUCCUCAUGUUCCUCGUGUCGGCGUGGGAGUUUGUGGCGGCACCCCUGGAGUGGGCGGUGGACGACGGGCUCUUUGAGUAUCUAGACUUCGCGGACGCGGCGGACCGUCACAGCAGCAGGGAGCUGUGGGGUCUUCUCGGGGGGGCCUGCGGCGUCGGCGUGAGCGGUCUGCUGGUCAGCAAGCUGAGCUGCGUCCUCGCCGCUGAGACCCCCCGGAGUGCGGCGCAUUUCUACACCUACGCUGGCCUGGCGGGCGUGGCCCUGCCCGCCGCGGUCUACCACCCUCUCUACCUGAACAGGAAGCGCCAGCGAGCGGGGGGGCUGGUGAAGGCCGUGCAGCUGGUGCAGGGCUCCCCCCGCGCUCUGCUGUGCGCCCUCACCGUCCUCCUGGUGGGGGUAGCCGGCUCGGCGGUGGAUAACUUCCUCCUCUGGCAGAUGCAGGAAGUUGGCGGCAGCGAGCUGCACAUGGGGCUCACUCUGUCCCUCGGCCUGCUCUCACAGGCAGCCUUCCCCCUCUUCGCUGGCUGGGUUUCCAAAAUCCUCAGUCCUGGGAGGGUUCUCGUCGUGGGGGCCGCCAGCCUGGGGUUACAGUGCUUCUACUAUUCUUUCCUCUGGGGGCCCUGGGCGGCUCUACCUGCGCAGGUGCUCAGCUGCUUCAGCAAGGGCGCCCUCUGGUGGGCUGUGAGGGUCCACUGCGAGGACCUGGCCGUGCCGGGGGCAGAGAGGAGCGUGAGGAGGGUCUAUAAAUCCGUGGCUCUGCAUUUGGGAAGCGGGGUGGGGAGUUUUACGGGGGGCUUUGCGGCGCAGAGGUUCGGCGUGACAUGGCUGUUCAGAGGGGUGGCGGUGGGACUGAUGGCGUGGUGCGUGUGUCUGCCUGUGCUCCAGUGGAGAGCGCCUCACCAGCGCAGGAUCAACUACUCACGCCUGCUGGCGGCCGACGGGAGCGACGCCAUCGACUCCGAGUCUGAGCAGGAGAGAGACUGGCUGGAUAAAGCAAUGGAGGACGACAGGAGCAACAACAACAGCCGGAGAACCAGCCAUUGAAACUCCAAAAGGGAUGCAGUUUUGGAUAAUAAAAGGCUUCAGAAAUGCAAACAUUCCCAUCAGAUUAGAAGAAUCUAAACCAGGGAGACAUUUCUGUCCUGAAAAUACAGAUGGAUGAAAGCCUCUUCUGAGUAUUUGCAGCCACUGUUUUACUGCAAACAUCUUGGAGGAUGUUUGGAGUGUCCAGCAGAAGCUGCACCAUCAAAACAAUGAAGCCUCCUGAGAGGCUCUGCAAACAGAGAGUCUGGUUGGACUGGCCCGUCAUCCGGCUGCUCCACGCCCAUAAGUGCUGCUCAUCUCCUGCACGAAUCCUGAACUGUUAAUCCAAAAAGAUUAAAGAAGCUGGAAAAAAAAUCCUCUUUGGAAUCUCUGUUUCAGGGUUUCAAGUUCUUGUGAUCAUUCAGACAGUAGCGUGUUUCUAAAGAGUUAUUGCACCUAAAGUCCAUUCUACUGUUUAACUUUAACGGCAGGGAAAUUUUAGCGACAGCAAAAACUAAACACAUUCUUUGAACUAAACAGUUAACACAAUUCCAUUGGAUUCUGAGGCUGAGAAAAUUGAAUUUUAGCGCAAAUAAUUCAAAUUUUAACAUGUUUAAUGGAGGCGUUUUCUAAGUGGAGCUCAAAUAGUGUCUUAAAAAAGUGCGUAGAACGCAUUUAAUUUGCUGGAAGUUUUCAACUGUUAACAUGAUCAAUGUUAUUCCAGUAGAUUUUGAAGGAGAAAAGCGGCCGCUUUUCUCCUUCAAAAUCUACUGGAAUGACAUUGAUCAUGUUAGUGGUUAAAAAGUUAAAGAAUGUUGAAUAUUUUGUGUUUAAGUGGUGUUAAAGGGUUAAUCCAGAUGCAUUAAGAAAGCAGGGUUUAAUGCUGUGCUUUAAUUCAGCUUUUAAUUCCUUAGAUUUAAUAGUUUCAUUAUUCAGAAUAUUUUUUUCAGAAAAAAAACAAAGAAAUGAAGCCAACAAUGUCGUCAAAUAAAUUCCACAAACAUGCAAUAGUUUACAGUGGUCCUUUGAUUUAUUUCCUGGGGAAAAAGAAUUUAUAAUAAAAAAA